GCAGCAGAUGAGCGGCAGCCGUCGGAUCAGAAACCCUAGCCCCGGAGGCUCUCCCCUAUUAAAACCCACCUCGCACCCCGCGAGCGGAGCCUUGUCUAGGGUUUCCUCGCUCCCAGCCGCCGCCGCUUACCCCUCGCGCACGCGCAGACGCCGCCGCAGCACAUCGCUCUCUCGAUCUCAGCCAUGGCGGACGUAGAGCAGCAGCAGCAGGACGUGGUGAAGCUCUUCAACCGCUGGACCUUCGAGGAUGUCCAGGUCAACGACAUCUCGCUGAACGACUACCUGGCGGUGUCUGCGACGAAGCACGCGACGUUCCUGCCGCACACCGCUGGCCGCUACUCCAAGAAGCGGUUCCGCAAGGCGCAGUGCCCCAUCGUAGAGCGCCUCACCAACUCCCUCAUGAUGCACGGUCGCAACAACGGCAAGAAGGUCAUGGCCGUCCGCAUCAUCAAGCACACCCUUGAGAUCAUCCACCUGCUCACUGACGCCAAUCCCAUCCAGGUGGUCGUUGACGCGAUCAUCAACAGUGGGCCUCGUGAGGAUGCCACCCGUAUUGGGUCUGCUGGUGUUGUGAGGAGGCAGGCUGUGGAUAUCUCACCCCUCAGGAGGGUGAACCAGGCCAUCUACCUCCUCACCACUGGUGCCAGGGAGAGCGCUUUCAGGAACAUCAAAACCAUUGCUGAGUGCCUUGCAGAUGAGCUGAUCAAUGCUGCCAAGGGCUCUUCAAACAGUUAUGCCAUCAAGAAGAAGGAUGAGAUUGAGCGUGUUGCCAAGGCCAACCGUUGAGUGGAGCUUGUAUCCUGGUGCACUUGCACUGGAACUAUUAUGCCGCUGGCAGUCGUAUUAGUUCUUGUUUUUGCCAAUGUUUAAGACUUUUUGAGACCUAUAUCUGUGGUUUUGGUUUCAGUGAACAAUGAAAAUUACUGAGAUAUGUAGUUGUUUGGGGACAGAAAUGCGAGGUGCCUGUUUUAUUGAACCCCAGCUCUUUUGUCGUUCGUAUUCUAUAUUGUUUUUAUUAUGCA